UCCGCCAGGUGUGUCUCACCUGAGUUCGACAGUUCUUCCGCUACAUGCGCGACAACAGCAGCAGCAGCAUCCUGAAGAUGAAGCAGCUGAAGUUUAUCGGCGGCUGUUUGCCGUUAUUCAUCAUGGCGAUCGUUUUCGACAUAACGGGCUUCGUCCUGCUGUUCGUCGGGAUCUUCGGCGACAUCCGGAUCCGCGGAGUGUUUUACGGGGAUUUUCUCAUCCACACCGGCGCGCUCAUGCUGUUCGCGAGUCUGGCGUUUUGGUUGAUGUGGUACAUCGGGAACAUCAGGGUGCAGGAAGAAGGUUUGGAGAGGAGAUCGAGCGCGGCGAACAGCGUCAAACAUCUGGCGAGAAAACUCACCGAAAGACUCUCCAAAACACACCUGAAGAACCAGAGCACAGGUGAGAAAUCGCCCAGUAAGGCUUCCACAAUUCGAAACGUAACAUGGGGAAAAUCCACGUAUUUCCCAGGAUGCAAAGAUCCCGAAUCGGAUAUGAUCAAAUGUGAUGAACUAUUCAAGGAAAACCCCAAUGAUGAUGAGGUCAUGGGCUACCAGAAUCAAGCAUACGAAGACGAGGAGUCGGUGACCAAACUGCAGGAGAUGAAAGAUGAUCAGACUCUGGGAACAGAAUCAGAAGUGAGCAAAUCUGAUGAAGCAUCGCAGGAGAAAAAGCCAGAGGAUGAUCAGUUCGCCUGUUAUCGGAAUGAAGGGUAUGAGAUGUCCGAAUUAGCCGCAACUAAAGAACAAACUCAGAAACCUGAUGAGUCGUCGAGCAUUGAUGAUCUACUUUAGUAACAGGUCCUGAAAGAAUGAGUCAGCAUUAGUCGUAGAAAACUACCAGAUCAAAUAUAUACUGACGGAGCUACUGUGUACAGUCCAAACUCUGUAAUAUAGACUGUCUGUAAUGUAAAAUGCAACUGUUCGUUGUGUUAUGCAUACGUGUUUUUUUUAUUAUUGUAUUUAUUUACGUUGUUUUCAAGUAAUACUCAGGUACAGCCCUCAUUGCAUGUUCUCAUGUAAGUUCAUGCAGCGCAUCUUGCAUUGUAGGAAACCAUUUCCCUUUCAAAGUAACAGCAGAACAUUCAUGCAAACUCCUCAGCAGUCCAGCCAUUUCACUAGCCAAGCUACAGCAACCAUUCUUUUAUGACAACAGAUUGCUGCCCAACCAGUCCGACAGCAAAUAGGAAAAGCCUGAUAGUGAAUGCAUGUGGUUUGAUGGUGGGUGUGUUCUUUUUAGUCCAUCUCAAAGCAGUCAUGGAAAUGUAAUACUGUACUUUUACCAUGCAGAGCUUUAGAAGAAAGCAAAUCUGUGAAAAACUGAAAGUGAAGGAAUAGUUCACCCACAAAGGAAAAUGUCAUUCACAACCCAUAUGACUUUCUUUCUUCCGUGGAACACAAAAGUAUAUUCAUAGCUGAAUGUCCAAGCUGCUCUUUUCCAUACAAUGACUACAGCGGCUGUCAAGCAAGAUUUUCAGUGAAUAAGGACAUACAUUUCAGUCUGUUCCUACACAAAGCUAACGCAUGACUUCAAAAGACUUGGAAUAUAGCGCAUGAGUCAUAUCGUCUGCUUUCAUGAUGCUUUUAUGGUGCCUUAUUUUUCUUUUUGGAGCCCGACAGCCCCUGGUCACCAUUCACUUUCAUUGUAUGGAAAAGAGCAGCGUGAACAUUCUGCUUAACAUCUCCUUUUGUGUUCCGUGGAAGAAAAUCAUAUGGGUUUGGAAUGAUGAUGAUGAUAACUUUCUAUUCCUUGAAUGUUGUAACAUAGAAUUAUAUGAAGAACUAUACUGAUAGCACAAGAUUUUAAAGUAAUUAUAUUUUUAUAUAGAUUUUAUUUUUGGUAGUGAGUGAGGUAUACAUGUGUGGACAUGUAUGAAGAAUUGUGUGACAUAUGAAGAGAUAAAAUGAGUAAUCUUGCCAAACAAAAUGCUGACAGUAAACACUUCCUCAUUUAGGUUGUGAUCUUGCAAUACUGUAGCUGUUGUUUUGACAAUUGCAAAAUAAAAUGCAUGUAGGAUUAAAGCCAUGCACUUUACAUUGUGAUUGUAGAAAUGAUUCACACACAAAUUAAACCACAUUUCACCCAGAAGUCUGUAUGUUUGUUUUUAGUAAAGUGGUGGUGUCCAGCAUAUAUAUUACUGGUUCUUGAUAAGGCAAGACUUAAGGCAAGGGUAUACUUUUAUACAUUUUUCCGCAUGCUAGAUGUCUCGUGCAUAGUGGACCCCACUUGCCUUUCAAAGCAAGCCCGUAUGAAUGCAUCCGACGCAUAUACGACUACUUAGCGAUACUCUCUAAGUCAGUUGUAGGUGCAUGUGCGGAUGACGCGGACAGUCCACGUGUACUGUGAUGACGAAAUUUGCAUUGCACGCUGCGUGCGAGACGUAGAGGGACACGUAAAACCAAACUAUACUUUGGCCUUUAAGACUGCAUAGGGUAUACUUAGUUUUGCCGUUCUGUCUUGCAUCCGGUCGAUCGCUCAGCCAUUCAAAGUAUACUCUUUCGACUACAAAACCUGUGCAAAUGCGUUCGAUGUAUGU